AUGAAGACCUUCGCCCUCACCACCCUCCUGGCCCUCGCCACCGCCGCCGUCAGCAUGCCAUCAGGCGACGACGUCCUCUCGACCCGCGGCGACCGUGACAACUGCUACAAGAUCUCCGACAAGGACGCCCGCGGCAUAAUCGACUCCUACUCCAAACUCGUUCGCGGCGAGAAGUACGCCAACGACAACGUCCUGGCUGACAAGCACAAGUACUACUCGCACUCCAGCCAGUCUGCUCAUGGAGGACGCUCUACCCACAAUGGCCUGGUCUCAAGCAGCAAGAAAGAAUUCCUCAAGCGCGUCAAGAACAGCGAGCGUGUCGGUCGUGUCAAGACGCUUGAUUACGUCGUCAAGUGCAACGACAUCUGGGUCUACUCGUACGUCGAUGGGUACGGUGAUAGCAGGGACGAUAUCUAUGGCUUCGACAUCCACACGGUUGAGCAGAAGAGGAAGGACCGUGGAUUCCAGAUUGCGAGGACGAGGGGGGAGUUCGAUAGUGUGGCGCUGAGCAGGGGGUUUGAUGGGGGAGAUCAUGAUGGCAAUGGCGGUGAUAGGGAUGAUGAUAGGGACAAUGACAAGGACAAGAAUGGCAACAAGAAGGAUGAGGACGACAAGGAGGAUAAGGAUUGA